AUGGCAGACUCUUCCACUUCUUCCACUUCUCAAAACGCUUCGAAAACAAGGAAACGCUCCCAUUUUCGAGCAAAAAUUAAAGUUCAAAAUAUACAAAUCGUUGUUCGAAACCUCCAUCAAAACAACAUCAAAAUCUCCGUGAAGAAUCUGAAGAGAAAACAAAGCAACAACACUCAACACAAAAUGGCAGCAAGAAACCAAACAAAGGACCUUAAGUGUGCCACACAUCUCCUGAGUGAUAAGUUCAGAAACAUGACUGAGGAGAAGAAGGCAAUUGUGAGGGAUCUCGGAUUCGGUGAGUUGAUGCACAUCCCACCACUAAGGGUGGAUCACCAACUCUUAAGGGAACUGGCAAACAACUUCAAAUUUGGGGAGAACAAACUGAAGACAGGAUAUGGUUCUUUCCAAAUAACACCAAAGACAAUAGGUGAUGCGCUUGGCAUCAAUGCAACAGGAAAUCUGUUUCCUGAGAAAGUUGAGUAUAAGCAACUUUCUGACGAUGACAAAAUAAUUUAUAGAAGAUUCCAGGGUAAGACCCUCAAAAGUCUUACCGAUGAAAUGAUGGAAAUCGGCGUUGGCAGUGAAGAGGAACGCCUGAUGUUCAAGAGGAUAUUCAUCCUCUACAUACAGAUGGCGUUCCUUUUGCCAACGACGAUAAACAAAAUAUCGCCCGUGCACCUGGCCCCAAUUUUUAAGAUGGACGGCAUAUCGGAGAGAAACUGGGGGGGACAUGUUUUGACCUUCAUAAUCAAGGUGACGAACUAG